UUUUAUAACUGAGGCUCUAAUAAUCCAGGCUGGUCAUCGCUUUGGUCCAUACACUGCGUUAUUUCAUCUGUUACUGGGCUGAUAAGCGUCAAAUCCAUGUGCUUAGCCAGCAAUGGGCGGGUGUAGUAAGAAGGGACAUGCCCGGACAUGAUCACACAGACACAGACAGCUCAGCAAAGAUCGUCUACCACCGCUAGGCGUCGGAAGCCAGUCACGCUUUGACUUGUCAUGCCCGAACCCGCCCAGGACUUGAUGAUCGGUGCGGUGGAUUCUAGCCCUGACAUGUCUCUCUGCGUCUAUUUAAACCAUAGACUGGCCUUCAGCCGGCUCCCACUCCUCACUAACCCAGGGCUCAAGCACUUUAUGUACAGGUAGCAGAGUAUAUAUAGAAGACUUUUAGGUAGAAUAGCCAAUUUACCUCUAUUUGCACAGAUAACUACAAAUAUGGCAACAGAGAGUUGUUUAAGCAGUUCUCAAAUCAACAAGGUUGACAAUGAAAAACUGGUAAGACCAAAGGUGCAGUUAAAAAGGCUGUUAGAGGAUGCAGGUGCAGAUAAAGAUGUUUUCACUAUGAAGGAGGUUAUGUUUUAUUUAGGGAAGUAUAUCAUGAGUAAGGAGUUGUAUGACAAGCAGCAGCAACACAUCGUUCACUGCGGAGAGGAUGCUCUCGGUGCGGUUCUCGGAGUGAAAAGUUUCUCCGUCAAAGAGCCCCGAGCCCUCUUUGCAAUGAUCAACAGAAACCUUGUGACAGUAAAAAAUUCAGAAACUCAGUCUACCUUCUCUGAACCCAGGAGUCAAAGUGAACCCGAUCGAGGGCCCGGGGAUACGGAUUCAGACUCUCGCUCAUCUACCUCACAACAGCAGCGCAGGAGGAGGAGAAGCAGUGAUCCUGAGAGUUCUUCAGCUGAAGAUGAGCCUAGGGAACGCAGGAAGAGGCACAAGUCGGACAGCUUUUCCCUGACUUUUGAUGACAGCCUGUCUUGGUGUGUGAUUGGCGGCCUGCACCGGGAGAGGGGGAACAGCGAGUCUUCAGACACACACAGCAACUCUGAUGUAGGUAUCUCUCACAGUGAGGUCAGUGAUGAAAGUGAGGACUCAGACUCUGAUAAUUUCAGUGUGGAGUUUGAAGUGGAAUCUAUCAACUCCGACGCCUACAGUGAGAAUGACGAGGAUUCGCUCCCGGGAGAGAAUGAGGUGUAUGAAGUCACAAUCUUUGCAGAGGAUGAAGACUCGUUCGAUGAGGAUACUGAGAUAACUGAGGCAGACUACUGGAAGUGUGCCGAAUGUGACGAGCUCAACCCUCCUCUUCCUCGCCAUUGCAAAAGCUGCUGGAACGUCCGACCUGAUUGGCUUCCAGAAUCAGACUCCAACAAUGAAAACCCUUCCACUAACACUCAAACCAGCACUGAAGACACCAGCAUCACCACAACUCCCAGCUUGGCCUCGAAUGACAAAAUGCUUCCUUCCAAACCCUCAAGCCCUCUUCCAGAAACAGACGAAGGAGUGGAUGUACCCGACGGCAAGUGCUUGCAAUCUCCCGCUGCCGCCGCCGCCAAAGUAGAACUUCCCUCUUCUGCUACCUCCGGCUGCCUGACCGACUCUCAGACCUCGUCAUCGCAGCCCUCCACUUCGUCCGGUGGGGGCAGCAGUCAGGAAGAGACCCCUGAGCUAGAGCGCUACAACAGCCUGGAGGCCUGCCUGCCCGCCACUUGCCUCGAGCCCUGCGUCAUCUGUCAAAGUCGCCCCAAGAAUGGCUGCAUCGUCCACGGAAGGACUGGACACCUUAUGGCGUGUUACACUUGCGCAAAGAAAUUAAAGAACCGGAACAAGUUGUGUCCGGUGUGCCGAGAGCCCAUUCAGUCAGUCGUGUUGACUUACGUGAGCUGAGGCACUGCAGAUAUACCUCCUCUCCUCUCCUUUCCUCACAUGAAGUUCGGGAGGCUCAUAUGUUGCCUUGUCUUGUAUCAUAGUUCUAAAACAUUUGCGUUCAUAUUCAAUAUUUGUAAUAUUUUUCUUAAUGAUUAAUUAAUUUUAUUUAUGACUACAAGCGAGGUUUCACACACAUGCUGGUUAGCAAACACACACAUUGUUGUUUUUAGGGUUGAGUUUAAGGGCUUAGAAUUAAAAAAAUCUACUUAUGGGCUUGCAGUGAUGCUGUAUACAUUAUCAUCUACUAGAAAUGUUUGUAAUAAUUUAAUUUAUGUACAUGCUGAUGUAUAGGUUUCUCUGAUUUAUGUUAAUUUGAGUUGUUUGCUGCACUGAAAUGUGUUCCUGAGUUGAAGCUCUUGAGACACCCCUUUUAAAUUGUUCCUCCUUUUGAAGGAAAUGCUCUCCUGCAUUGUUUUCUGCUGCAAAAACUCUGUCUUAUUUUUUCCAAGUGAGGCAUAAUAAAUGAUUAUUUCGAGGCUCUUA